CCGGGGCAGGGCCAGCAUUGGAGGCCGAGGGCCGGCACACACGCAGGACACCCUCCGCCCCGGGGCCUCCCCCCGCGGACCCUCCCCCUCCGCGGCCAAAGUUGCGCGGUGCCCCCGCAGCGCCCCGCACCAGCGGCGGGGGGGGUCCGAGGCGCGCUGCCUGCCCGCCUUCCCCACCCCCGUGCGUGCCGCCGAGGUAUUUAUUUAAAUUGCAAAUAAAGCGGCUCGGCGCCCGCCCUGCCAGGGUAGAGGCAGCGCGGGUGCCGCACCGGGCGGCGCGGCGCGGUGGCAGCGGCAGCGCCAUGCCCGGGGCCCCGGGGGGCAGCGGCGGCGGGGCCCUGCUCUGCGCUCUGCUCUGGGCGGCGGUGGCGGCCGCCGGCCCCGGGGGCAGCCCCGCUCCCGGCGCCUUCGGCCGCCUCUACCGGGGCGCCGUGAACAUCAGCGCGGAGCGGGUCUACGCCUUCGCCUACAGCAGUCAGCCCGGGCAGGUAGAUGCGGUGCGGGUGUAUGUGAACAGCAGCUCCGAGAACCUCCAGUAUCCCGUCUUGUUUGUAGUUCGCCAGCAGAAGGGGGUGCUGUCAUGGCAGGUUCCACUAAUUUUUCGAGGCCUCUAUCAGAGGACCUACAAUUACCAAGAAGUGAGUCGGACCCUCUGCCCUUCUGAGCCAACACCUGAGGCAGGACUCUCUGAACAGAUUAUAUUUGUGGAUGUCGCUUCCAUGGCACCGUUUGAUAUUGCAUAUGAGCUACUAGUCACCAGGCUUGACAACUUCCAACUUGAGACAAACAAAGCCUUUAACUUCACUGCCAGCCCUUCCCAGCCCCAGUAUUUUCUGUACAAGUUCCCUCAAGAUGUGGAUUCGGUCAUCAUCAAAGUGGUAUCUGAUGCAGUCUACCCCUGCUCAGUUGUCUCCGUCCAGGAUAUUGUGUGCCCUGUGUAUGAUCUGGAUCAUAAUGUGGAAUUCAACGGUGUUUACCAGUCCAUGACAAAGCAGGCGGCUAUAACAGUGCAGAAAAAAGACUUUCCAGGUGAGCAAUUCUUUGUUGUGUUUGUCAUCAAACCGGAGGACUACGCCUGUGGGGGUUCUGUGCCUUCCUCUCUCCGUGGAAAUGGCAACCGUACCUGGAACCUCCAACGAACAAAGAACCUUCAAGUGACAAUUGUGCCCUCUAUUAAAAAGUCUGUUUAUGUGCAGGCCAUGUUCUUCAGCUUCCUGAGCUUCCUCUCCUUUUACCUGGGCUCAGUGAUUGUUGCUUUUGUUCACUACAUCAGGGUUCGGAGGAAAGCUUCAGCUGGCAGAUACAGUCCUGAUGAUGGAUCUGGGAUUAUGACAUCUUCGCACCCUAUCACAGCCAGUACUCCUGAGGGAAGCAGCUAUGGUGCUAUCGAUGAGUCGAGCUCCAGUGGUGGACGGCAGUUGUCUUCCCCUGAGCGAGGGCCACAAGCUGGUUCUGAUACUGACAGCUCUGUUGAGGAGGAGAGCGACUUCGACACCAUGCCGGAAAUCGAAAGUGAUAAGAACGUCAUCCGCACUAAGGUGUUCCUCUAUUUGUCAGACUUGUCCAGGAAGGACCGAAGGAUUGUCAGCAAAAAAUACAAAAUUUAUUUCUGGAACAUCAUCACUAUUGCAGUGUUUUACGCCCUGCCGGUAAUCCAGCUCGUCAUCACCUACCAGACGGUAGUGAAUGUGACAGGCAAUCAGGACAUCUGCUACUACAACUUCUUGUGCGCUCAUCCCCUUGGAGUGCUGAGUGCCUUCAACAACAUCCUCAGCAAUGUGGGCCACAUGCUGCUGGGCUUUCUCUUCCUCCUGAUUGUGUUGCGCAGAGACAUCCUCCACCGUCGGGCCAUGGAGAUGAAAGACAUCUAUACCCUGGACUAUGGAAUCCCAAAGCAUUUUGGUCUCUUUUAUGCUAUGGGCAUUGCUCUGAUGAUGGAAGGGGUGCUCAGUGCCUGUUACCACGUCUGCCCAAAUUACUCCAAUUUCCAGUUUGACACCUCCUUCAUGUACAUGAUCGCAGGACUGUGCAUGCUCAAGCUCUACCAGACCCGCCACCCAGACAUCAACGCCAGUGCCUACUCCGCCUAUGCCUCGUUUGCUGUGGUCAUCUGUCUGGCAGUCCUUGGAGUGGUAUUUGGGAAAAAUGACAUGUGGUUUUGGGUCAUUUUCUCAAUGAUACAUGUUCUGGCCUCCCUGGCUCUCAGCACUCAGAUCUACUACAUGGGCCGCUUCAAGAUUGAUGCCCCUGACUCAGACUUGGGAAUAUUUCGCCGGGCAGCGAUGGUGCUAUACACGGACUGUAUCCAGCAGUGCAGUCGACCAAUGUACAUGGACAGGAUGGUGCUGCUCAUUGUUGGAAACCUGGUCAACUGGUCCUUCGCUAUCUUUGGACUAGUGUAUCGGCCCAGAGACUUCGCCUCCUAUAUACUGGGAAUCUUCAUCUGUAACCUGUUGCUGUAUCUGGCUUUUUACAUCAUCAUGAAGCCCUUUGUGGGUGCAGGCAGCUCCCAGAUGAUCUCUGCUGGCCCAGUGCAUGGCUCUGGGUCUGCUGCGAGGCUGCAUCCCUCUCUGCAGCUCCGCAGCUCGGAGAAGCUCCUGCCUAUUCCCCUGUUCUGCAUCGUGGCUACGGCAGUGAUGUGGGCGGCUGCCCUCUACUUCUUCUUCCAGAACCUCAGCAGCUGGGAGGAGACUCCAGCAGAGUCUCGGGAAAAGAACCGGCCGUGCAUCCUGCUGGGCUUCUUCGAUGACCAUGAUGUCUGGCACUUCCUCUCUGCGACUGCCUUGUUCUUCUCCUUUCUGGUCCUGCUAACCCUGGAUGAUGACCUGGACACAGUGCGCAGGGACAAGAUCCCAGUGUUCUGAGCCCUGAGGGGAGGUGCGGGGUGUCCUGAGCCGCUUGGCCAGCUGAAGGUGCCGGGCUACUGAUGUCCAUUGGGAAUGAACCUGCUUCCGUGCCCAGCAGCCCCAGGGGAAAGAGGAGCUGGAUCCCAUGGCAAGCAUGAAGGGAUGCUGAGUAACUGAGGCAGGACCGGAAGGGAGGACGGUGUUUGCUCCUUUCCUGUAGCACCUGCUGGGGCAGGCACCAUCUGACAGCUGAGGCCAGUGAGAGCCCUCUGGCUUCUGCAUCUUCAGUGGGAGCCAGUGAAGAGGGAGGUAACUGGAGGUUUUGUCAUCGACUCUGAUGAGCGGGCUCGAGGCGCAAUGCAGACCCUUCCCGUGUCUGCAGCUGGUGCCUGUAUGCUGGGGGUUGCUGCCCUCAGAGGGUCACCUCAGCAGGCACUGGGGGAGCGUAUGGUUCCUGUCCCAUGGCCAUUCCAGUGUGCAAAACAACUGCCAGGUGAGCAAAGGACUCCAAGCUGAGAUGGCAGCAGGGGAUUGUUUUCUUUUUGUUGGAGAGGCUUGUCCUGUGACUGGAGGGGAGCCACAAUAACAAGAGAAACUCAUCCAAGGGACUGCAGUGUUUGAGGGAGAUGGUGGACUGGAGCCACUCAUGAGUGCUCUGCUAGAGGCAGAGCCUCCUGCCUUGGCUGUUAUGGCCUCUCUUCCUUAUACACAUCGAACAACCUCACCUCUUCCCACUGACAGCUCCUGCAUGGGCACUUGUCAGCGUGGUGGUCUCCUUUACAGCACCAGAAGUGCUGUCUCUGAGCAGUGUGUGCCACCGGUGUGGUGAAGUUGCAGCCUUGUUUGCAGUUUAGCUUCUUGGCCCCUGCUGCAUGGUCCAGGGAGCCUUGCUAAAGGGGCAAGGUGGAGUGAAGAACCCAUCCAGCAACCUCAGUCUCUUUCUGGCUCCUAUGUGCUUGCUUUGGGCAAACUUGGCAAAGCAGGUUCCCAUUCUGGGUUGGGGGUGAGGAGGAGAUCUUAUGAGGGUUGGGGUUGACCUCUUUAUCUAAAGAUCUGGACCAAACGUUUUUCCUCUCUUCAACUUUUCUGCAUCUGAAAUAGUUUUUUAAUGGUUUCUACAUUCUUCCAGAAUUCUCAUUUAUUUAAGAAACAAGAAUAAGAUGUGAAAUAUUGCAGGCAUUGCAUCUAAAAUGUGACCUGCUUUGCUAAUUUUGAAUUAAAAAGUAUUCUUUGA